AUGUUUUGAUAUCCAUUCGCUUUCUCAUUCGAUUUGUAACGCAUUUUUGUGAGUUGCGAUGCGCCGCUAAAGUGCACACAUUUCAUACCUGGACUGCUGCAUCACCGCAGGAUUUUCUCACGCGAUUUGCUCGUGUGUCUUUUCUAACUCGAGUCGAUAUAAAUGAAUAUGUCAAACAUAUUAUGAAGAAAAUGUGCGCCAGCCUCUUUAAAAUGCGAUAAAUGGCAGCCACAAUUACAUAACCUCAUUUCUACCGAAAAGCAUCGGAUUUUUGGAUUUUUAAACCAGACUAAAUGAUGUGGUUAUGAUAGCAAAUACAUUUUUAUAAACAUUUGACUGAUUUUUUUCAGGCUAAAAUGUGUCGUUUUGUUUUUGCUGCUUACAUAUCUCAUAGCACCUUAUAAAAUAUCUAACAAGGCGAUAAGGUGAAUAAAUGUACAGUAUGUAGUGAGUCAUGUUAGCACAAUGCAGCAGGGUUAGCAUUAACAAGUCUACUGUCCUGAUUUUGGGAAUUUAUGCAUUUCACUUUGAUACAAAUAUUUUUGGGGGGCCUUGAAUUGUUCAAUUGAUUGGUUUGAGUCCCGAAGUUGUACAUUUCAGAAUAACUUUUGCUCUUUAAUUAAAAAAAAAAAAAAAAAGCAUGACGAAACAAGCACAUCCGUUAACGUGAUUGACACUUUUUUUCAUGUCGGUUUUACUUUUACAAAAUAACAAAUAUUAUACACACAAUCAUAUUGGACCGUUUUUGUCAAGACUUGGUCCGGGGUGUUUGCUUUUCCAGGAUGCAACGGAAAGUUGGCACGGGCGAGACGGGAAUUAAGGUACAUGGCGGGUUUUAAUAUAUCAAUUUAAUAUAUAAAAAAAAAAGGGAUAAAUGAAAGCGCGCACAGUGGCGGAUAAUAAACUAUGAAACCAAAAGACUAUAGCAAAAAGUACAAAUGAAAAGCACGCACAGUGGCGGAGAAUAAACUAUGAAAAACAAAAAGAUUAUAAACAUGGAACAAAAACUUACUUGGCUUGGACAAAAAAGGAGCAGCGUGAACAUGGACAUGAAACAAUGGACGGAGCAUAAAUGUGGUGUGCAGAAGCAUAUAUGGGGUGAGGUCGUCAGGCCGAACAACAGAAAAUGAAUGAACUUAAAUACUAUGGACAUGAUUAGUGAAAGCAGGUGCGUGACUCAAAACGUGAAACAGGUGCGUGACGUGACAGGUGAAAACUAAUGGUUGCUAUGGUGACCAGACCAGGGAGUGAAAAGACAGAAACUAAACAAAACAUGACUUAAAACAAAACAUGAUAAUACAGACAUGACAGAGCCCCUCCCUUAAGGACAGAUACCAGAUGUCCAAGAAAAAAAAACUUAACAAAAGUCAUGGGAGGGCGGGAGGGGGACAUGGCGGUGGGUCGCCAGACCACGUGUCCCCGUAUCCACCGGGGCAGAGUUAGGUGGCGGCGGCGAGUGGAACGCCGCUGCAGCAGGCGAGGCGGGCGCCCAGGGAAUGGCCACAUUCGUGGCCGACUGGGAGGUGGGCGCACUUGGCGUGGCGGGCGACCAGGUAGCGGCCAUAUCCGUGGCCGACGAGGAGGCAGGCGCGUCGUCAUCGUGGCAGGCGUGGCUUGGCGUGGGUCUUGGUCUUGGUCUUGGUCUAGGCGUGGGUCUUGGUCUUGGUCUAGGCGUGGGUCUUGGUCUUGGUCUAGGCGUGGGUCUUGGUCUUGGUCUAGGUCUUGGCAUGGCGGGUCUUGGUCUUGGCAUGGCGGGUCUUGGUCUUGGUCUUGGCAUGGCGGGUCUUGGUCUUGGUCUUGGCAUGGCGGGUCUUGGUCUUGGUCUUGGCAUGGCGGGUCUUGGCAUGGCGGGUCUUGGCAUGGCGGGUCUUGGUCUUGGUCUUGGCAUGGCGGGUCUUGGUCUUGGCAUGGCGGGUCUUGGCAUGGCGGGUCUUGGUCUUGGCAUGGCGGGUCUUGGUCUUGGCAUGGCGGGUCUUGGUCUUGGUCUAGGUCUUGGCAUGGCGGGUCUUGGUCUUGGUCUUGGCAUGGCGGGUCUUGGUCUUGGUCUUGGCAUGGCGGGUCUUGGUCUUGGUCUUGGCAUGGCGGGUCUUGGUCUUGGUCUUGGCAUGGCGGGUCUUGGUCUUGGUCUUGGCAUGGCGGGUCUUGGUCUAGGUCUUGGCAUGGCGGGUCUUGGUCUUGGUCUUGGCAUGGCGGGUCUUGGUCUUGGUCUAGGCAUGGCGGGUCUUGGUCUUGGUCUUGGCAUGGCGGGUCUUGGUCUUGGUCUUGGCAUGGCGGGUCUUGGUCUUGGACUUGGCGUGGAGGGUCUUGGUCUUGGACUUGGCGUGGAGGGUCUUGGUCUUGGACUUGGCGUGGAGGGUCUUGGUCUUGGACUUGGCGUGGAGGGUCUUGGUCUUGACAUGGAGCUGGUGCUAGCCUUGGUGCGGCGACAGGUGCUAGCUUUGGUGCGGCGACAGGUGCUAGCCUUGGAGCAGCGACAGGUGCUAGCCGUGGCUCUGGUGCUAGCCUUGGCGCUAGCCGUGGUGCAGCUACUGGUGCUAGCCGUGAAGCAGCGACAGGUGCUAGCCGUGGCUCUGGUGCUAGCCUUGGCGCUAGCCGUGGUGCAGCUACUGGUGCUAGCCGUGGAGCAACGACAGGUGCUAGCCGGGGCUCUGGUGCUAGCCUUGGCGCUAGCCGUGGUGCAGCUACUGGUGCUAGCCGUGAAGCAGCGACAGGUGCUAGCCGUGGCUCUGGUGCUAGCCUUGGGGCUAGCCGUGGUGCAGCUACUGGUGCUAGCCGUGGAGCAACGACAGGUGCUAGCCGUGGCUCUGGUGCUAGCCUUGGCGCUAGCCGUGGUGCAGCUACUGGUGCUAGCCUUGGUGCAGGUGGAGGUGGUCUAGCUGGGGGUUGCGGCUUGGCAUGGUAAAAGACUGGUGAGGGCGGUCGUGCUGGAGGCUGUGGCUUGACGGGUCGGAAGACUGGUGAGGGCGGUCGUGCUGGAGGCUGUGGCUUGACAGGUCGGUAGACUGGUGGUGGCGGCCGUGAGGGAGGCUGUGGCUUGGCAUGGUGAUGCCGAGCCACCCCACCAACACAGCUCCCGACCCCAGCCCCCCCCUCAAGGGGCGGAUACCAGACGCGCUCCCUGCGGUCUGGAACUCUCUGUAGGGGUGGGCGGAGGAGGGCAGAAACUUCCCCAUUAAAUUGUCCAAAUUGUCUUUCUUGUAUCUGGGAUUGAGUGGGUGAAAAAAAAUUGUUUUGUGUCUUGGGUGUGGCUUGAGUCCUGGGGAGCGGGGAAUCAAAAGAAAAAGAAUUCAGAAAAAAGAAAUCCUGGUUUUU